AUGACUGACCACCCGGCUAACACGGGCGGCUGCGAUCCGGAGGACCCACCGCAGGCUGUCGUAACAAUCGACGAUGAUCACUCCGAGUGGUCUCGUGUGUGCUUAAGGCACCCUUCAGUCGAGACAAGCAGCCUCGACGGUGACGUCCUCCCAGCAGUGUGCGACACCAAUAGUCACGACAAAAGUGACGGCGGCAGCGAGGAAUCUUACGACAAUGAGCCUCCUACUUAUGCUGAUUCAGCGGAGCAAGACCUCCUUCGCCAAUGCUUUCCAGCUGGAACGGCCACACCGCCGGAUGCAAGUUCGCUGGCAUCUCUGUCCUUCAGAACUCAACUCUGUGAGGACAUCAGAGUGAACGAGGCAGAGCGGUCGGGUGAGCCAGAACAGCCAACUGGACUACAGGCGCAGACAGAGCCAAGGCUUGCCCGUGAUGACGAAAGGAACCUCAAGCGAAAAGCGUCCACUGAGCUUGAGUGCAGGCCCUCAAAAUCAACAGAGGAGUGGCAGUCUAAUAUGACGUUCAAGAUCAUUUUUGCAUGGAGAAACCACGAUCAGAGAGAAGAUUAA